UACUGAUAUUAUAUACACUGUCUGAUCCUCACAAUCUACCACCACCACCUCAGAAAUUCUAUCCAAACGCCGAGAAGAACACCCGUGUGUGUGAGCCGUGCUUUGUGGAGAACUACCGCGACAAGUGUGAGGACUGCAAGAAGCCCAUCAUCUCAGACAAGAAAGGGUUCACCUUCUCGCGCAUCAAGGAGCGCAAGUGGCACAACGACUGCUUCAUCUGUGAAGACGACGAGUGUCAGGAGCUGUUGGACCCCAAUGGUGUGCUAACCCACGAAGAUAAGGUGUUCUGUGCAACGCACCACGGCAAACAUACGCGGCAGAAGAAGAUGCCCGCGGUCGAGAACGGGGAGACCGAGGCUACUGGGAAGAAUAAGACUGUCGAACCCUCUGUGGAGGCUACCCAGACGUGUUAG